CUCACACACACCCACAGCAGACACUCACACACCCGGGCGCCGAAAGGAAAGCUGCGUCUCGCCUUCCCGUCUCCGCCGCCAGUCCAGUCUUGGACCCUUAGCAGAGCGGGAAAACGGGGGGCAGGCCGGAGCCGUGACCUUUGACCCCGUGGUUAUGCAGAGCCGCUGCAUUCCUUAGCGAUCGUGGGGCUGCUGCCGCUGCCGUGGGCGACUGACGCAGCGCGGGCGCGUGGAGCCGCCGCCACCCCUCCCCCAUCACCGCUCUCGCGCCGGGUUUCGCUCCAGUCGGUCCCUGCGCGCCCGCCCCCUAUCUCCGGCCGCACCCGAGUUCUCGCGCGCCGCCGCCGCCACGCGCCCCCCGCCGCUGCCGCCGCCCCGCACCGUCGCCUCCCCAGCCCGCCCCGCCCGGAGGUCCCGCGUGGAGCCGCCGCCGCCUGGGAGGAGGAAGAGGAGGAUGAAGGACAAACAGAAGAGGAAGAAGGAGCGCACGUGGGCCGAGGCCGCGCGCUUGGUGCUAGAAAACUACUCAGAUGCUCCAAUGACACCAAAACAGAUUCUGCAGGUCAUAGAAGCAGAAGGACUAAAGGAAAUGAGUGGGACAUCUCCUCUUGCGUGUCUCAACGCCAUGCUACAUUCCAAUUCAAGAGGAGGAGAGGGGCUGUUUUAUAAAUUGCCUGGCCGAAUCAGCCUUUUCACACUCAAAAAGGAUGCCCUGCAGUGGUCUCGCAGUCCAGCUGCAGUGGAGGGAGAAGAGCCAGAGGACACAGCUGACGUGGAAAGCUGUGGGUCUAAUGAAACCAGCACUGUGAGUGGUGAAAAUGAUGUGUCACUUGAUGAAACAUCUUCGAAUGCAUCCUGCUCUAUGGAAUCUCAGGGUCGGCCUCUUUCCAAUCCCAGGGACAGCUACAGAGCUUCCUCCCAGGCAAACAAGCAGAAGAAAAAGACCGGGGUGAUGCUGCCUCGAGUUGUCCUGACUCCUCUGAAGGUAAACGGGGCCCACGUGGAAUCUGCAUCAGGGUUCUCGGGCCGCCACGCCGAUGGCGAGAGUGGCAGCCCAUCCAGCAGCAGCAGCGGCUCUCUGGCCCUGGGCAGCGCUGCUAUUCGUGGCCAGGCCGAGGUUGCCCGGGACGCCGCCCCGCUCCUGAGAGGCUUCCGGAAGCCAGCCACAGGUCAAAUGAAGCGCAACAGAGGGGAAGAAAUAGAUUUUGAGACACCUGGGUCCAUUCUCGUCAACACCAACCUCCGGGCCCUGAUAAACUCUCGGACCUUCCACGCCCUGCCAUCCCACUUCCAGCAGCAACUCCUCUUCCUGCUGCCGGAAGUGGACAGACAGGUGGGGACAGAUGGCCUGCUGCGUCUCAGCAGCAGUGCACUGAACAAUGAGUUUUUCACCCACGCGGCCCAGAGCUGGCGGGAGCGCCUGGCUGAUGGUGAAUUCACUCAUGAGAUGCAAGUCAGGAUACGACAGGAAAUGGAGAAGGAGAAGAAGGUGGAACAGUGGAAAGAGAAAUUCUUUGAGGACUACUAUGGACAGAAAUUGGGUUUGACCAGAGAAGAGUUGUUGCAGCAGAAUGUGGGCCAAGAGGAGGCUGGAAUCAAGAGUGACUUGCGUGUCUCAGGUGAAUCAGCAAGGCCACAGCGUGGUCCGGCCACCCGGCAGCGAGACGGGCAUUUCAAGAAACGUUCUCGGCCAGAUCUCCGAACCAGAGCUAGAAGGAAUCUGUACAAAAAACAGGAGCUAGACCAAGGAGGGGUUAUAAAAGGUGCACAAUUGGCGGCACCAGACACACACCCCUGCAAGGAUGGGGGGGCUGAGACUGACUCGGCAGGGGCGGGCAGUCCCCACCUGCCCGGCACAUCCUCUGCAGCCCCCGACCCCGAGGGUCCCAGAUUUGCGGUGGAAACUGGGGCUUCUCGGAUCCAGGCCGAUCCAGACAACCUGGCACGGGCCUCUGCCUCUCCAGACAGAAUUCCCAGCUUGCACCAGGAGACUGUUGAUCAGGAACCUAAGGAUCAGAAGAGGAAGUCCUUUGAGGAGGCAGCCUCUGCGUCCUUUCCCGAAAAGAAGCCCCGGCUUGAAGACCGUCAGUCCUUUCGUAACACAAUUGAAAGUGUUCACUCCGAAAAGCCACAGCCCACCAAAGAGGAGCCCAAAGUCCCGCCUAUCCGGAUACAACUUUCACGUAUCAAACCACCCUGGGUGGUUAAAGGUCAGCCCACUUACCAGAUAUGCCCCCGCAUUGUCCCCAUCGCGGAGUCCUCCUACCGGGGCUGGACUGGCGCCAGGACCCUCGCAGACAUUAAAGCCCGUGCUCUGCAGGUCCGAGGGGCGAGAGGCCACCACUGCCAUCGAGAGGCGGCCACUACUGCCAUCGGAGGGGGGGGUGGCCCGGGUGGAGGUGGCGGCAGGGCCACCGAUGAGGGAGGUGGCAGAGGCGGCAGCAGUGGUGAUGGUGGUGAGGCCUGUGGCCGCCCUGAGCUCAGGGGAGCCCCCAGAACCACUGGAGAGUGUGCGUCAGAUCUACAGCGAACACAACUACUGCCGCCUUGUCCUCUGAACGAGGAGCACACCCCGGCUGGAACCGCCACGCCUAGAGCCAGGAGGGAGCACGCGGCCUCUCUCAGGGGGGAGGAGAGCUGCCCACUGCAGAGGGCGCCAGGCACAAGCGGCCCGGAAGACGCCUCCCAGCUCCCCAUUGCCCCCACCGGGGACCAGCCGUGCCAGGCUCUGCCCCCAUAUUCCUCCAAGACCCCAGCACCUGAGAGAGCAGUUGAGCAGCCUCCGUUGCAUUUAGAUGUUAGAACUGAAUGUGAGUCUGGUACCACUUCUUGGGAAAGGGAUAAUGAGGAGCAAGGACCCGCUGUCCCCACCAACGGCGGUCCUGUUCAGUCUUUGGUGGGGGAUGUUGUAUUAGAAGAUAGAACUGGCCAGGCUCUGGACAGUGACAGUAACGCAACCAUGAAGGAUCCUGUGAAUGUGACCCCCAGCUGUACCCCUGAAUCAUCAUUGGCUGGCUGCCUAGAGGACAGACAAUCUGAUGAUGAGUUAGGACUUGGUGAGUCAUGCCCACCUGUGAGGGAAAGUGCUACUAGAAAAGAAGACUUGAAAACCGAGGCCCUCGUCUCUGAUGGUGCUGCUCUUUGCAUGCCUGGCCUGUCACAGGAGGAGGCAGUGGGACAGCCUAAACCAGGUUCCAAAGAGGACAUUCCACCUGUUGAGCCCCGGGUCGGAGAGGAGUGGGACAAGGCAACUCCCCUCAUUCCUGCAUUGCCUGAGGGGUUGACAGCCGAAGAGGGUCUAGAUCUGCCUAACUGUCCUUCACUCUGGGCAGUGACAUCUCGGGGCUGCGUUGACAGCACAGGCAACUGCAAACAGGUGGAUGGUGACAAGCUGAAAGUCAAUGGAGACUCUGAAGCACUGAGUCCUCACGGCGAGUCCACAGACACAGCCUCUGACUUUGAAGGCCACCUUUCUGAGGAGAGCAGCGAGGCCGACCCUAGUGAAGCCACGGUGAUGAAGAGAUCCUCAGUGGUGGACAAGGAGGAGAAACACGAUUGGGACCGCCCUGCCAUUCUCUCCAAGGUGAACGGUGACCAGAGUCUGGUUACAAGGACAGACAGGAUUGCUGCUCCUCAGAGCUGGGUGUCUCGUGUAUGUGCGAUUCCUCAGAAGACCCCAGAUUCCCUGCUGCUGGCCAGUACCGGGUAUCAGCCGAGACCUGCACCCCUGGGCAGGCCCGGGUCCUCAGUGGAGGCCGCUAACCCGCUCGUAAUGCAGUUGCUGCAGGGCAGCUUGCCCCUGGAGAAGGUUCUUCCUCCAGCCCUCUCUGGCAGCAAACCCGAAGGCCCACGACUCCCGCUUGCAAAAGAGCAGCAGAUGGAAUCUCUGCGAGAUGCUGGGAGCAGCCCUGACAGCCGUGAGGCAAACACUGGUCUUGCCAGGCUGGAGACCACCCAGGCUCCAGGAACGCCCCAAAAGAUUUCCAAGAAGGUCCCAAGUUCAGACUCCCUGUAUCCAGUGACAAAUCUGACGGCCGCCUUUGGGAAAGUAGAAGUGGAUUCCAAAGAGCAGUUCUCUCCUUUCAGUUUUGAAGAACAGAAGGAAGGCCGUGAGCUGCCCCAGUGCAGUAAUUCAAAUGCUGUCCCAGGCAAAAGUCCAGGAAAUCUCACUACCUCGAGAACCCCUUGUUUCUCAUCUCCAAAUGUGGUCUCCGUGGGUCCUGAUCAGAUAGGUCGGGCCCUGGGUGAUCAGAACAGUGCCGGAGGCCAAGGGAAGAAGCUCUUUGGCUCUAGGAACCUGGCGGCAGCCCUUCAGUGCCCUCGGCCUGUGGAGCCAACACCGCUGCCCGCUGAUGCCCCCCCUGGUUUUCCCAGUAGGAAGUUGGGGACAAGUAAAAUCUCUGUGUCUGAUGGAGUGCAGACUGCCAGGGAGGACUGGGCUCCAAAGCCACCACCUGCCUCUGUUGGCAGCAUCAAGAGUGAGAAGACUUUUGUGGGGGUGCCUCUCAAGGCGAACGCAGAGAACAGAAAUGCAGCCGGACCUGGUCCUCGGGAUCUGGUGGAUCACUUGCAGGCAGUGCCCUUUGUCCUUGACCUGCCCUUCUGGAAAUUGCCCCGAGAGCCUGGGAAAGGGCUCAGUCAGCCUCUGGAGCCUUCUUCUAUCCCCUCCCAACUCAACAUCAAACAGGCAUUUUAUGGGAAGCUAUCCAAACUCCAGCUGAGUUCCACCAGCUUUAAUUAUUCCUCCAGCUCCCCAACCUUUCCCAAAGGCCUUGCUGGAAGUGUGGUGCAGCUGAGCCACAAAGCUAACUUCGGUGCGAGCCACAGUGCAUCACUUUCCUUGCAGAUGUUCACCGACAGCAGCACAGUGGAGAGCAUCUCGCUCCAGUGUGCGUGCAGCCUGAAAGCCAUGAUCAUGUGCCAGGGCUGUGGUGCAUUCUGUCACGAUGACUGUAUUGGACCCUCAAAGCUCUGUGUAUUGUGCCUUGUGGUGAGAUAAUAAAUUAUGGCCAUUGGAAAAGUUGUAUAUUUAGUGUGUGUAUUUUGAUAAUGAUUGAUCUUAAAUCUGUAUACAGAAUAUCACUGAUAUAUAGACUGUCUCUUGAGGCAGGAGUGCUCUUGCCUCUCCCUGAAAUUUAUAGUGCUAAAGGCCCUCUCUGUCACUUACCAACCUUCCCGUCUUGUUGGAGGGGUUUCCCACAGGGCAACUCGUUGGGCUGCGCAAGCCCAACCGGCCAGCUGAGCCUUCGUGUAGUCAGAGCCUGGUGCGGCGAGGGGAGCCUGCCCGACCCCCAGAGGGACUUGAAACUGAAGAAGGAAGGUUGUGUUCUCCACGGAGGGAACUAACUUACCCAAACGUAGAAUUGUCAGUCUUCCACUCCUCCCUCUCCUCCUCCUUUCCUUAUGCUAUUGGGGGAGCUGAUGGCUGGGGAAGAACCAGCCCAGGGCUAAGGUAACUCCCUGCAUUGCCCACCAGGGGGCUCAAGCACCUGCUGACCUCAGGGUCAAGGUUCAUCCUGAUGCCAAUUGAUGGAGCCCUUUUGACCUUUGGUUCUGUUGCUGAAGCAAAUUUGGGACUUUGCUGUCUCAUUACAAUCCACUGGCCCAUAAGAGCUUUUUGGAACCUCGAAUAGACCUGCUUGGACAGUGGGGUCGGGCGUAAGGCUGUCUGUCUGAAAAUGCCAUCUGUAGACCUCGUGAGUCAGGUGUCCAGAUGUGUGGCAGGUGAAUGCCUCUGCCCGACACCCUCCUUGUCACUUUGGACUCAUGGGAGCGGGCAUCUCCACGCACCUCUGUAUGUGAAAGUCAUUUUACAUUUCAAAGCAGUGUGUGUUUCUUAUUUUUAUAUUUUUAACUAUCCUUGGAUGUAUAAAGUGAAUUUUUGGGCUUCUGUAAGUAUGCUCUAUGCACCUCUAAUGUUUUAUCAUGUAAUUUAUAUGUUGUACACAGUACUGGCCAAUUUCUGUAAAUGGAUGUAUUGUACAGAGAACAUGAACGUCUCUCCCUUACUUCACGUCUUGGGCGUCAUUGCAUUAAAAUGGUGUAAUGGACUUUUCUCCAGCUGUGUCAGAGCCACUGCAUGCUGUGCUGCCCGACCUGAGGGUGGAGUGAGUGAGUGACUUGUGAUCUGCCAGGGUGGUCUGGUGCCUUGUCAUGGGUCACCUGGUGGACCUGCUGUAGCCUGUUGAGCUGCAGUCGGCCUGCAUGCCCGCUACUGAGAAAACGCGUCUUGCUCCUCACGUCUCUCCCCCAGUCUUCACUGGCUGUUCACUGCCGUGUGUGACAAAUCACCACCACCAGUGUUAAGUGCUUCUGAAUUCAAGGGUGAGUGUCCUGGGCAGCCCCCAGAUGGGCCGUCUAGAGCCAGCUCCAGGGCCACCGCCUGUCAGCAGUACCUGGGCCUGUGCUCUCCUGGGGCCACGGGGCUCCUUUUGACAUACUUUUGACAACAGGUUGGGGAAGAAACAGCCAGGCCUGCUGCCUGCCUCUCUCCUAACACAUUUCUAACGAAUAGAUGUCUCCGUAGUUGUCUUUCCUCACCCUGCUUCCUGCCUUAUUUCUUGUACCUCGACUUGUCGCAGAGUCGAGAGCCCUUGUUUUAACUUCAGUCUCCCUGUGUGAGCGCUUCUGUGUGAAGUACAAAAUCGGUGUGACUGCAGCGGAUCUCAUUUCAUCUGAAAGGUCUUUUUAUUUUUUUCCUCCCGUUUCAUCCAACGUGGCAUUCUUGUCAUCUGAAGCCUGAGUGAGAAGUUGGCAACGUGGUGGUGAUUUAAAUGCAGUAUUGGCCAAUGCAAGUUGUCAACUUCAAAAGUCUGUUUACCAAAGACAGGGAGCAGAGGCCCAAGUGUGUUUGAUCCUCUCCUUCCUUCUGCUGUGACCUUUGGGGCCACACUAGGGUACAGUUGGAAACUGGUCUCCGUGGGGCUGCCCAGGGAAAGCACUGCUCUUGUAUGUCUCUUGUGGUAUUGGAAAAAUAAACCUGUACAACCCGC